AAGUGAUGCCAUUUCCGUUAGCGAGUAGGAAGUGUGGUUUCAUGUGUUUAGGCUAUGAUGGCAGAGGUGGGCGUAACUGCAGAGGACUAUCCUACAGAAAUCCAUGAGUACCUUUCUGCUUUUGAGAAUUCAGUUAGCUCAGUAGAUGAAAUGUUGAAGAAGAUGAUGUCUGUUUCUAGGUCUGAGCUCCUUCAGAAAAUUGAACCAUUGGAACAAGCAAAAUUAGACUUGGUAUCCGCAUACACACUGAAUUCACUCUUCUGGGUAUAUUUGACUACACAAGGAAUGAAUCCAAAGGAGCAUCCUGUAAAAGAGGAAUUGGUAAGAUAUAAAU